CGGACUGCUGCACGCCAGCUCCGUCCCCGAAGCCCGCCUGCGGGGCUGAUCUAGUCGCCCGCCUCAAGCCCGUGCCCUGGUCCAAGCCACCAUGGAUGGGGAUGUCCCCACCGCUGCAGCCGCCCAGUACCAGCCGGCCAGCCCCCCGCGGGACGCCUGUGUCUACAACAGCUGCUACUGUGAAGAAAAUAUUUGGAAGCUCUGUGAAUACAUCCAAAACCACGACCAGUAUCCCUUAGAAGAAUGCUACGCUGUCUUCAUAUCGAAUGAGAGGAAGAUGAUUCCUAUCUGGAAACAGCAGGCAAGACCUGGAGAUGGGCCUGUGAUUUGGGAUUACCAUGUUGUUUUGCUUCAUGUUUCAAGUGGAGGACAGAGCUUCAUUUAUGAUCUCGACACUGUCCUGCCAUUUCCCUGCCUCUUUGAUGCUUAUGUGGAAGAUGCCUUUAAGUCCGAUGAGGACAUCCAUCCCCAGUUUAGAAGGAAAUUUAGAGUUAUCCGCGCCGAUUCUUACUUGAAGAACUUCGCUUCUGACCGAUCUCACAUGAAAGAUUCCAGUGGGAACUGGAGAGAACCUCCUCCCUCGUAUCCCUGCAUUCAAACUGGAGAUUCCAAAAUGAACCUGAAUGAUUUUAUCAGUAUGGACCCCAAGGUCGGGUGGGGAGCUGUGUACUCGCUGUCUGAGUUUGUACAUCGUUUUGGCAGUCAAAGCUGCUGAACUUGACACCCGGACGUAGAACCAUGGAGCAGUGCGGGGACACGAACAGUCAACCUCCUGGUACAUUUGGUUUGCAACUGUGUUUUCUUCUUUUAAGUCAUUUCACUUGCAACGUGAGUGAACAAAAACAGAAAAACGUUUUUUUUUUCCAUGUGUCAGGUUGAAACGAGAUGUCGUGUAUGUUUGCCAAGAGAGUCCUAACGGCUCAUUGGUUAAAACAUGUGAUGACGUAUGCCAGUGAUUGCUUUCAUUGUGAUAGAGUGUAGACUUCGUGUCUGUUCUGGAUGUUGCGUUCUUCUCCAGCUACACUGUAAGCUCCUGGCGGGCAGGGCUGUGUGGCUCGUUGCACAGUGGGGCUCUAGUACCCGUGAAAGGUGGCCAGAUGAUGUUUGUGACUGUGUGGCUGCUUGAAGAGGGCUGAUACUGUGAGCUGAAUCAGCAGUAAGUAUUAGUCUUUUUGGACUCCUAAGUUCUUUAAAAAGAUGACAGCUUGCUCAGGUUUGAAUGUAGUUUGGCCUAUUUGUA